AUGGUCUGGGGUUGUACUUCCGGGUAUAGACCGGAAGUUUCUCUAAAAGUUACUCUUCGGGAAUUUACGCGCUGUGGAGUCCCGUGGCUCCCUGAUCCUGGAGCUGUUAUGGGCAAAAGAGACCGAGUAGACCGCGACAAGAAGAAGUCCAAAAAGAGGCAAUAUGAGGAGGAAGAGGAAGACGAAGACGACUUGCCUGGGAACGACUCUCAGGAGGCGGUGCCCUCAGCGGCAGGGAAACAGGUGGAUGAGUCCGGCACCAAAGUGGAUGAGUAUGGAGCCAAGGACUACAGGCAGCAGAUGCCGCUGAAGGGCGACCAUACUUCCAGGCCCCUCUGGGUGGCUCCUGAUGGCCACAUUUUUCUGGAAGCCUUCUCUCCAGUUUACAAGUAUGCCCAAGACUUCCUGGUGGCAAUUGCAGAGCCAGUGUGCCGGCCUACUCAUGUCCAUGAAUACAAGCUAACUGCCUACUCCCUCUACGCAGCUGUCAGUGUUGGGCUGCAGACCAGCGACAUCACUGAGUACCUCAGAAAGCUCAGUAAGACUGGAGUCCCUGAUGGCAUCAUCCAGUUUAUUAAGUUGUGUACUGUCAGCUAUGGGAAAGUCAAGCUGGUCCUGAAGCACAAUAGGUACUUUGUUGAAAGUUCCCACCCUGAUGUCAUCCAGCAUCUUCUUCAAGACCCUGUGAUCCGUGAAUGUCGCUUGAGGAACGCGGAGGGGGAGGCUACGGAACUCAUCACAGAGACCUUCACAAGCAAAUCUGCUAUUUCCAAGACUGCAGAAGGCAGUGGUGGGCCUUCUACCUCCCAGGUGGUAGACCCACAGGCCAAAUCUGACAUCCCUAAAGACCUGUUUGAUUUUUAUGAGCAAAUGGACAAGGAUGAGGAAGAGGAAGAAGAGACCCAGACAGUCUCCUUUGAAGUCAAGCAGGAAAUGAUCGAGGAGCUGCAGAAGCGCUGCAUCUACUUAGAGUACCCUCUGCUGGCAGAAUAUGACUUCCGGAAUGAUUCUCUCAACCCUGACAUCAACAUUGACCUGAAGCCCACAGCCGUGCUCAGACCCUAUCAGGAGAAAAGCCUGCGGAAGAUGUUUGGAAAUGGGCGAGCACGCUCCGGAGUCAUCGUUCUUCCCUGUGGUGCUGGGAAGUCCCUGGUUGGUGUGACUGCUGCGUGUACUGUCAGAAAGCGCUGCCUGGUCCUGGGCAACUCGGCUGUGUCUGUGGAGCAGUGGAAAGCCCAGUUUAAGAUGUGGUCAACCAUCGAUGACAGCCAGAUCUGCCGCUUCACCUCGGAUGCCAAGGACAAGCCCAUUGGCUGCUCGAUUGCCAUUAGCACUUAUUCUAUGCUGGGCCACACCACCAAAAGGUCCUGGGAGGCUGAGAGAGUGAUGGAGUGGCUCAAAACCCAGGAGUGGGGCCUCAUGAUCCUUGACGAGGUGCACACCAUUCCAGCCAAGAUGUUCCGGCGGGUGCUGACCAUAGUGCAGGCCCACUGUAAGCUGGGUUUGACCGCAACCCUUGUUCGGGAAGACGACAAAAUCGUUGACUUAAAUUUCCUGAUUGGGCCCAAGCUUUACGAAGCCAACUGGAUGGAGCUGCAGAACAACGGGUACAUUGCCAAAGUCCAGUGUGCUGAGGUUUGGUGCCCGAUGUCUCCUGAGUUCUACCGGGAGUAUGUGGCAAUUAAAACUAAGAAGCGCAUCCUGCUGUACACCAUGAAUCCCAACAAGUUCAGAGCCUGCCAGUUUCUGAUCAAGUUCCAUGAGCGGAGGAAUGACAAGAUUAUUGUCUUUGCCGACAACGUAUUUGCCUUGAAGGAAUAUGCCGUUAGGUUGAACAAACCUUACAUCUAUGGGCCCACGUCCCAGGGAGAGAGGAUGCAGAUUCUCCAGAACUUCAAGCACAACCCCAAAAUCAACACCAUCUUCAUCUCCAAGGUCGGUGACACAUCCUUCGAUCUGCCAGAAGCGAACGUCCUCAUUCAGAUCUCCUCCCACGGUGGCUCCAGACGGCAGGAAGCCCAGAGACUGGGGCGCGUACUCCGAGCCAAAAAAGGGAUGGUUGCGGAGGAAUACAAUGCCUUUUUCUACUCGCUGGUGUCCCAGGAUACACAGGAAAUGGCUUAUUCUACCAAGCGACAGAGAUUUUUAGUAGACCAAGGUUACAGCUUUAAGGUGAUCACAAAGCUCGCUGGCAUGGAGGAAGAAGAGUUGUCAUUCUCCACCAAAGAGGAGCAGCAGCAGCUCCUGCAGAAGGUCCUGGCGGCCUCUGAUCUGGACGCAGAGGAAGAGGUGGUGGCUGGAGAGUUUGGCUCUAGAUCUGGCCAGGCAUCCCGAUGCUUUGGCACCAUGAGUUCCAUGUCUGGGGCAGAUGACACUGUGUAUAUGGAAUACCACUCUUCCCGAAGCAAAGUUCCCACCAAGCACGUGCACCCACUUUUCAAACGCUUUAGGAAGUGACACCCACCCUGCUACUCAGUUGAAGACUGGCUGCCUGGAUCAGGGUUGGAAAAAAGAGACUUCUCAGACUUUCUCUCCAAGUCUAUGUACUCUCCUACUGUUGAUCUAAUGCAACACCUAUUGACCGACUGCUGAGAAACUAUCAGUGUUACGGCUUUGGCACAGCCUUCGUGGGUUGCCCAAACUUUAAGAAGGAAAGAAAGACUUUUUUUGUUUGUUUGUUUCAUACUUUUUGAGAGUGGAUCAUUUCUGUAUAUAAAAGGUAUACCAUUUAA